CUCUGGGACAGUCGGUACAGCUCUGUGUCCGUGCUGACACCGUGUGUGUGACUGUGUUUGUGACGUGAUGUGCACCAUGGUGAGCGAGGAGAGCGCAGCGCCGCCCGCCCACAAGGCGCCCCUCAAGUUCAGCAUCCGCGCGCUGCUGGGCCACGACGAGGACGGCGACGACACUGCCCCCAGCGACGCCCCCACGACGCCGAGCCCCGCGCCCAGCUCCGCGGCCAGCGGCGCCAGCUCGCCGCCCCCCAGCGACUGCGAGUCCGAGCUGGACGUGACCGGCGAGCAGGCCGAGGAGGCGUCCAAGAGCUCCGAGGAGGGCGACAAGCCAGGCCCCAAGAAGGCCGAGAAGCCCACCUACUCGUACAACGCCAUGAUCAUGCUCGCCAUCCGCAACUCCCCCGAGAAGCGGCUCACGCUCAACGGCAUCUACGAGUACAUCAUGAAGCACUUCCCGUACUACCGAGACAACAAGCAGGGCUGGCAGAACUCGAUCCGCCACAACCUGUCGCUCAACAAGUGCUUCGUGAAGGUGCCCCGCCACUACGACGACCCCGGCAAGGGCAACUACUGGAUGCUGGACCCCAGCGCGGACGACGUCUUCAUCGGCGGCUCCACCGGCAAGCUGCGCCGCCGCGUGCCGCCGUCGCGCAGCCGUCGGCGUGCUGGCCUCGGCCUGCUCCCCUUCGUGUACCCCGGCGCCCUGCCCGGCGGCCUGCCCGGCGCUAUGGCCAUGGGCGGCGCCCCGCACCCGUACCUGCAGCAGCAGCAGCACAUCUUCUCCAUGCUGGCGGCCUCCUCGCCCAUGAGGACCGCGGGCCCAGGCCCCGCCCCCAACGCCCCCAACGCCCCCGGCUUCCCGGACUGGAGGGGCGGCCUCCUGCUGCAGCAGCAGCUGUUCCAGCACCAGAUGCAGCAGCAAGCGCGGGCCGCGCCCUACCCCGCCGGCCUCCACCACCACCACCAGUACCUGACGACGUCGCCCGGCGCCCCCGCCGCGUCGCCCCCAGCACUGCGAUGACCAGGACCCCGCCGUCCAACCCCAAGUCUGUGAUCCGGGCAGCCCGCUGCUCGCAUUUGUGUGUUACUGACUGGGAGAGCGGCAGUGAGCCAGAGACCCCGCUCUCCCGGUGUCGAACUGUGAAUACUAGGUUGAAUAAGAGACAUUUGUAGUGAGAAUGGAAGCAUUUAGGUGGUAGUGAGAAUAGACGUUUUGUUGAUCUCGUUUGAGCUAAUGUUGUAGUCAAAUCACCGCGCCGAGUGCGUGUUCCUGUAAUUGUAUUUGUGCACUAAGUUGAGUGCAGACCCUGCCUCUCGGACGCAUCUGCCUGUCUUGAAUUUGAUGCUCAUAGAUGAAUGACUUCUCCCGUUGCGCAUUUGUUCAAUCUCUUGUAAUAUUUCGCGUUAUGUUUAAGUUUAUCUGGCAAUAUCAGGCCAGUUUAUGCGUCAGGGUACUUGAUAACACUGUACAGUACUGUGCAUUUUUGCGUUGUUCAUGCAAAUUAUCGAGCGUUAUAACUGAGAACGCGCGUUUGUUUUCCUCGCCAAAGAUAAUAUGUAAUAUUCUACAAUGAUAAAGGUUUAUUGUAAAUAGUUAAAGAAUUUUAUUGUGAAUGUUGAUGAUUUCGAUGAGUUGGGAGAAAAGGAGAGGAGAGAUGAAUAAAUCCAAUUUUUAAAACUUA